AUGUCCAGCGGACAGCAAAACGAUGAGUUGGAGCGGAUCCAAGAUCGUCUGAACCGAGCUAAAAGCAACCGAACAGAUCAGGCUUCCUCCAUACCUUCAGCAGCUGCUGACUCUUCCGUCACUUCUCGCAUUCGUCCCUCUGCUGGCAGUACGGUCAGUGGAGGAGCGUCCACAACUUCAGGAGCAUCUUCUGCCGCUCCUGGUACCUGGGAAAGCAUCAGCAUUACCAGUCCCGGUGGACGGAGCAAGAAGAAAAUGACUUCUCCUCUCGCUGGCAUCCGCAAGACCUUUGGCAAGGCCGCUUCGUCCAGACGUAUUGUGGCGCAAGAUCAGAGUAUUAAUUUAAGAGGAAACCCGGAAACAUUCUCCCCCACCGAUUCUGGCAGAGCAGGCAGCAUGUCCAUGUUCAGCAGAGAUUCGAGCAGUCGCAACAUUGGCCAACCUCCCUUUGCGGACGAGUACAACGAUGCGGCUCCCAACGCCGAAUCCGAAGAAUACCUCGAGUCUGACAAGUCCCGCAAUCGUCUCAGCCCUGUCAUGGCGCAGAUUGUCGGAUUCUGUGUCGACUGUUACACAUCCAUGGCCUAUCAUGCCGAUCGUCUCUAUUUGAAUUGCGCCCGAGGUGGCGCUGGCAACAAGAUGACGGCCAACAUUGUCAUGAUUAUCAUUGCCGUGGCCGCUGCCAUUGGGGUAGUGGUUCACUUUUCCAAAGCCGGUUCGUCGUCAGAUGGUGGAUCGGCCUUGCCCAUUACCUUGUCGGGACGGGCGGGAGAAGUCCAAAGACUCAUUGCCGAGGCUGGUGUCACACCCAUGGAAGUCUUGGGGGACAAGACUAGCAUCCAAUACGCGGCGCUCCAGUGGGUGGCCAACAAGGAUCCUGCCAAGCUCAAGACCUACGAUUCCGCUCUCAUGGAGAGAUACAUUUUGGCCGUCUUUUAUUAUGCCUCCAAUCCCGACGAAUGGACCAACAACGAUGGAUGGAUGACGGCUACGGGAUACUGCGCUUGGUACGGAGUCGAGUGUGUCCCACGGGACGAUGCCACUCAAGAAUCCGGCAUUAGUCGGACCUACGAUGACAAUGAUGCCAUCACUGGUAUUACUCUUACUAAUAAUAACUUGAAAGGUACCCUUCCACCAGAGUUUGGAAAGUUGUCCAAUACUUUGAGCUUGGACUUCGGAAACAACAUUCUCUCGGGAGAAAUUCCGGAGAUGCACGAGAAUCUCAAGUAUCUCUUGGUCCCCAACAAUGAGUUUGUAGGAUCCUUCCCAGAGCAUUUCAAGGGGUUGGCCAACCUGCAUGGACUCGAUUUGUCCUACAACGCCAUGCAUGGAUACGUGACGGAAAGAAUCAAUGAAUUGACCAAUCUUCGUACCUUGGACAUGUCCAACAACCACUUUGGUGGAUCCUUCCCGGAGAUCCAUCAUCUCACAAAGAUUACCAAGCUCCAUUUGCAAAACAAUAUAUUCCAUGGAACCAUUCCCAGUGGAAAGCUCCGAGACUACGAACGAUUGGAAAUCUUGCGGUUGGACAACAAUACCUUUUCCGGGCCCUUCCCCAAGCAGUCCAUUGAACGAUUGACUCGAAUCGAGUACAUUGACUUGUCUCAAAACGAUUUGACCGGAUCCAUUCCCGAUAUUUUUCAAUCCAUCCGUCGUUUGACCACGGUGCACUUGAACAACAACCGAUUCCGAGCGCAUAUUCCGGAUUCUCUCAUGCACUUGAGUGGAUUGAAAUCCCUUCGUUUGGACCACAAUGUUCUAACCGGCAAGAUCCCCGAAACGGUUGCCCUCUUGGCCGAUGUCCAAUAUUUCGACUUGCACGACAACCUAUUGACUGGCGAAAUUCCCACCUACAUUGGCUUUCCCCAUGAUUUCACCUACAUUUCGUUGAAAAACAACAAGUUGACCGGAAGCAUCCCUACCGAAAUGGGCGAUCUCUUUCGAUUGGCUCAUUUGGAACUGGAAGGGAACAGACUGAAUGGGGACAUUCCAACCCAACUGGCGUCCUUGACGGCACUCACCAAGCUGUCGAUUCACGAAAACCAAUUUGCUGGCAUUACCAUGCCCAUUGAGCUCUGUGACAAGAUUCGACGAGCGGAAAUGAAAGAGCUAUCUGCGGACUGUACUGAUUCCGACAAAGUGACUUGCGACUGUUGCAGUCAGUGCUAUCCACUUGCGGGAACAAAUUAA